AUGACAGUUGCUGAAGAAGAUAAUGAGAGAUAUAACCCUGAAUAUUGUUAUUGUUAUAAAAGAGGAAUUGAAAUUAAAAAUGACAAACAGUAUCAUCUAUUUGAUCCCGGAGAAUUAAAUUUGUUUGUGGAAAUGAACAAAUUAGAUAAAGGAAAAU